CUUGACAGUUCGAAGAAGAAAGAAAGCAAACCUCAUCCAACCUGAACAAUUGUGCCUUCCAUUAUUUUUUGAUCAACUAUGAAGAAGUUUCAUUUACACUUAGGCUUCACCACCACAUGAUUAAAUCUGCAACAUAUCUGUAUAUUCAGGGUUCCAUAUACCUUUGCAGCAAUAAUUUUAUAAAGUCAUAUGGAUGUGUUUGCAUCUGCAUACCCAGAUGCCUGUUCAAGCAUUGGAGCAGCAUCCAGGGCAGGAAACUCUCAAGUUUUGCAUGAACUUUUGAUGAAGGGCUUGGAUUACACGAUCAAAGAUAACAGGGGAUGGUAUCCUAUGCAUGAAGCAGCAUUUGGCGGUCAUAUCGAGUGUGUUAAGAUACUUUUGGAAACGGCAAUGUCAGAUUGCGAAUCUACCGGAGAGAUUUUGGAUUGUGUAUUCCCAUCUGCUUUUGAUCGAGAAACACCGUUAUCUAUUGCUUCUAGUGAAGGCCAUGUUGAAGUUGUUAAACAUCUCAUGAGCUUGUACAAAGAAUCGGAAUUGGGAAUUGACAAAAUGGGAUAUCCUCUCCAUGAAUCCUGCAAAAAUGGGCAUAAUAAAUGUAUUGAAAUUCUAGUUGAUGAAUUCCCAAUGCAUGUUAACAUGAAGGAUUCCCGAAGUGGUGAUUAUCCAAUACAUGUAAUUGUUGAAAAAGAAAAUAUUCAAGCAACAAAAUUUUUAAUACAAAAUGGGGCUGAUGUAAAUGUGCAAGAUUCAGAUGACUUGAAGACACCAUUACAUGUGGCAGUUUCUAUUGAAAAUGAAGAGAUUGUGAAACUUUUGAUCAAUGAAGUUAAGGAUGUGAAUGCAACUGAUAUCACAGAUUGUACGCCCUUAUAUUUAGCUGCGCAAAAUGGAAAUGAAAAUAUAGUACGGUUGCUGUUAAACAAAGGUGCUGAUCCAUUAAAGUGUAUGUAUAUUGAUCAUAUGGGCUUAAAAAGUUUUCCAUUAACAGUAGCAGCUGAAAAAGGACAUUUUCCCGUUGUUAAAUUGCUUGCAAAAAUUACUCCGAAAGAUUGUUGUAUUUCUGCAGUUAUUUUGAGUGCUUUUAAUAGGCACAAUGAUUGUUUAUUAUAUUUAUUCAGAAAAGGAUAUUCAACUUUCCAUUCGGAUAUUAAAAUUGCAGGUGAAAGCGUAUGGGAUAUUUUAUUAGGUCACAACAAUGGUUUUGAAAGUUUCUCAAGUACUGUUAAAAUACUCAUUGAAAAUGAUACUUUAUUUUCGGAUCUUGCGAGAAGGGAAGAACAUUUGUAUUUCAAAUAUUUUAUUUUGCCCAUGAGAUUUAAUGACGUUAAUAUUGUGGUCUUAAAUGAGUUUUUGAAUGCAGGACUACUGGAAUUACGAUUCAACUGUGAAACAUUUCCUAACUUAUCAUAUUCAAUCAGCGGACAUAAAGUUUUACAAGAUCGCUUAAUCCUAAAUAGUCGGUAUCCGCAUUAUCUGAGAAAUCUAUCCAAAAUAUCACUUUGUUUGAGAUAUUUUCCAUUUUUAUCGAUUUCACAUAAUAGUUCAUUGCCAUUGGUGGUUGCAAAUGUUGAUAAUCUUCUGCAUGGAAUUCUAGUUCAAAAUGUUCCAUCCUUGGUUGAUUUAACCAGAUGGGUGAUACGCUGCUAUAUAAUUAAAGUCAAAGGCCUGAUUUGUUCCAAACAUAUUACCUGCUUAAAUUUACCAAGAAAAAUGGAAGAUUUCCUGUUGCAAUGUUAAAAAGUUGAAAUUGAAACAUUUCCCAGUCCCCACAUUGUAUUAACUUAGGAUGGGAACACUAAAUAUUGAGCUUAUUCCUCAUAUGACCUGGCUAUAUUAUAUAUAUAUAUAUAUAUCACUUGGCUUUCUAAAAUGUUGACUAUAAUUUUUUUGCAUGUUGAUAAAUUUAUCUCAAGCAGUCAAUUUUAAUUUCAUUUUUUACAAUUUGUAUUAAGCUACCCCACAAUUCUGGUUACCCAAGUUCUUAGUGUAGUUUACCGCGGCACAUUUGAUUGUGUAGAUUGGUUUUGAUGUUAAAGAUCAUGUUAUUAGCCCCAUAACUAAUUUCAUUAAGUAUGCUUGUUGAAACUACCAUAAAUAUAUGCAUGUUUAAACCUCUGAUCGCCAUGAUAUUGUAGGCUAAAGUAACUUUGGUGGGUGAUUUAAUGCUGCUGUGGGAUGUGCCGACAUAACUAUUCCUGUAUUCCUUAUCAUAUAGAACCAAUUUGUUUGGGACGUGACCUUUGACAUUGCCUAUCCAAAAUGAAAUAUGUAGCUGGAGCUCCAGCAGAAAAUCACUUGGAUCAAUUCUACGAAAAAUUUCUGAUUUAAAUCAAAUUAUUUGGUUAAGAAAAUUAUAUUUUAUUUUCCCCACAUCAGAGCAACUUUUUUGCACAAUGGUCUUUAUGAUUAAGCUAUAAUCUCUUCGCAGUCCUGUCCCUUUUCGCAAUACUAUUGAGGCUUUUUUACCCAAUCAUAAAUAACAGAAGGUCUAACUUACAUACAAAUGAAUGAAUUAAACUAUUGUAUUUUGGUCAUAGCCAAUCACAUUGCAAAUACUUAGUAGAUUUCCUAUAUUCUUUGUAUGAUUUCAG